AGUUUCUUGAGCGCUUGGAGAGUUGAUUAGUAGCUAACUUCUCUUUCCUUGCGCCUGAGACCAUCUCCAUGCAGGCUGACUUUUGUGUAUAUAGGGAAAGUCGUCUUUUGCACGGUCUGGAAAGCUGAGAGAUGACGGCGAGGAGGCUCCAGCCCUCGCUGUGAGCGUUUCCGUCUCUCAGGUGUCAGACUACACCCGCAGGACCCUGUGCGUGUCAACGACUAGGAAACAUGGCAAACACAAGAAGCAGCGCUGCUCCAUGGGGACGACUGAACGCGUCUCCCCCCCUUUGUUGCAGCCUGUUACCGUAACAAUAGUGGCGUCCGCGGCCACACAGCAUCACACACUGAUUGACUAAUCUCAUUUGGAUCCGGAAAAUGUGUGUGUGUGUGUGUGUGCCUGGGGGUGUGGGGGGUAGCAGGCGGAGGAGGAGGAGGAAGGAUUGAUCUGCUGCUGUAGAAAUGUUCUUCUUUUUCCCGGACUAAAAUCUUUCUUUAGUAGUUUUUUUUUCGUUUCGCUAAGGAAAUAAAGUGAAAAGGUUGUAUGAAAUAACGAAAAGUUUAAAGCAGCACAAAGUCAAACAGGUAAGAGGGGAAACGCAUUCGUUUUUAAUUUACAUGUCGAAGAGAACGGAGCCCAGAGACAGACAGAGACGAGGCAGGUUUUGAGGUCGAUUUAUCAAUGCGAUCCCACAUUCUCUGGCGUUCCUGUGCAUCUGUUCACUUUAUGCAAACUGGGACCGCUGACCCAAGCUCACCUCGACUAGAAACAACGAGACCGACUGCACUCUGCGACGUCCUGACUUGGCUUUUGGUAUAAAUGCAAAGUUCAAAAAAGAUCGGAUUGCAUUUUUUCCUAAAAAAAAAUUGAGGGUGAUGUCAUCUGGCUGUGCUGGGGCUGGUAUUGUGUGCGGGCUCCGUACAGACUACCGUUGUGAGGCGAGCGGCUGGACGAGCCGAGUUGUCCGUGAAUCAGGUGCGUGUGUAUGGCCGUGACUCUUCUGUGCUGUCGCUGGCGGUCCCCGCUGUCAUCGUCUUUCCCGCAUCCCCUCCAGAUCUGGAUAGUCGGAUUACCCCACUCUCGUAGCUGUCUAUGCUGUAAUUCUUUACAUUGCGCGUCAUUGUCCCCCAACCUACGGACUCCGCGACCCAUCUGAGAGGAUUAGUCAUGACAGAAGCCGGUCGGCAGCACCUGAAGCCCGCGGAGCUGCUCUCACCCCGCCGCCCUGGUUUCCGUCUUGCCCAGGUGCCCUGCCUCCCGCGGGAACUGUCUUCGCACCUUUGGCACUAGCGCAGGAUCGCCCGCAUCUCCUACCUCUGCCCUAAACGGUCCCACCUCCCCGGGGUUUGAUGUUUUGAGUUUUACAUCGGUGCUCCCUGCAGACCCAGUGUGGAUUCGCUUGUGUCCUCCAACAAAGACCUGGCAGUUCCUCUCUAAUCUCACCGAUUUCGGAAAGAAAUAACAUAGAGAGAAAAAAUUGUGGGACAGAAAAGUAAACGAUUAAAUAAAGUAGCACCAAACAAACAGAGGACCUUAUCCCGUCUUUUGGUGGAAGCGCUUAGUGCAUUAAUGAGUGCUGGGCAACUUUCACGAUUCGCAGCUUUGGGAAAACAUGAGUCUGAGCAGCGUCUGGAUUUAAUAUGAACGGAAUACGUGGACAAGAAGCGUGAAUUAGAAAGACGGAGACAUUUCCAUGCAUGCACUUUCAACGGUGAUUUUCACCUGUAACUUCGGCGGUCAGAAAAAAACAGCCGCCGACUAAAAGGUGCCCCUCCUGUACCGGGAUCCAAGUACCCGGAAAAACCGGGGGUGUUCUCAUCUCAGAACAGAACAAGCCCCCAGGUGUUAGGUGGAAAGCAGUUAUUCUCAACGGAUUACAAACCCGUGUAAUCCCCGUUCACAUCCGGGGAUCCGACCGCGGCAGGACGCGGUUCUGUCCCCGGGAGAGCGAUGCGGUACCUCCUCUAUGCUGCAGCUGUCUUGUGUGUCCAGGCUCUGUUUGCAAUGUGUAGCCCCUUGCAACAGGUUUUUGACAGGGACGGCGUGAACUUCAGUGUACACGUGGAAAACCAGACUCGUGUCCAUGAUGCCAUGAGCCGGCGACAGCACAGAGUAUAUCAGCUGUACAGCCGCACCAGUGGGAAGCACCUACAGGUGCUGGGAAGGAAGAUCAGUGCACGGGGGGAGGAUGGUGACCGAUAUGCCCAGCUUGUAGUGGAAGCAGACUCCUUUGGCAGCCAGGUGAGGAUACGGGGCAAGGAGACCAACUAUUACCUGUGCAUGAACCGCCGAGGAAAACUGGUGGGUAAGAAGGCCAGCAAUCGCAGCCCUGACUGUGUCUUUGUGGAGAAGGUGCUGGAAAACAACUAUACAGCACUGAUGUCUGCACGCUAUGCUGGGUGGUACGUCGGCUUCACCAAGAGAGGGCGCCCUCGGCGUGGUCCACACACCCUGCCCAACCAACAGGACGUGCACUUUAUGAAGCGUUUCCCUCCCGGCAAGCAACCAGACCCCCAGCCGUUUCGCUUCACCACGGUCAGCAAACGAAGCAAGAGGGUGCAAACCACAGAGGACUGCUAGCUCGCUCUGCUAACACACUGAGGCAGCUCACUCUUCUAGCCCGCUCUGCUAACACAUUGAGGCAGCUCACUCUGCUAGCCUGCUAGCUCGCUCUACUAACAUGCAAAGGCAGGUCACUCUGCUAGCCUGCUAGCCCGCUCUGCUAACACAUUGAGGCAGCUCACUCUGCUAGCCCGCUCUGCUAAUGCACCAAUGUAGCUCACUCUUCUAGGCUGCUCUGCUAACAUAUUGAGGCAGCUCAUUCUACUAGCCAGCUCAGCUAAUGCAUCAAGGUAGCUCGCUCUGCUAGGCCGCUAUGCUAACACAUUGAGGUAGCUCACUCUGCUAGCUCGCUCUGCUAACACAUUGAGGCAGCUCACUCUGUUCGCCAGCUCUGCUAAUACACCAAGGUAGCUUACUCUGCUAGCCAGCCCUGCUAAUACACCAAGGUAGUUCACUCUGCUAGCAGGUUCUGCUAACGCACCAUGGGGGCUCACUCUGCUAUUCUGCUCUGCUAACACACCGAGGUAUCUUACUCUCCUCGCUCAUUUUGCUAUUCCACCAAGGCAGCUCGCUCUGCUAGCCCAUUCUGCUAAGACAUCGAGGUAGCUCAACCUGCUAGCAUGCUCUGCUAACACAGUAAGGUAGCUCAUGCUGCUAGCCUGCUCUGCUAACACGCUGAGGUAGCGUGGCCUACUAGGCUGCUCCGCUAACGCAAUGAGAUAGCUCACUGUGCUAGCCUGCUCUGCUGAUACACCUUAACGCACGCCACUGACGUACCUCACUAACUCAUUGCUGCUAACACAGCCCACUGAUGUUCACACUGUGUAUAUACUUUGCCUAGUACGUCCUGAUAACACAUUCCAUUAAUGUACCAUCGAUGCUAUGCUCGGCUAAUGUGUCUUGCUAACACACCCCCAUAGAACACCUCAGCCCCCGGCCCUGGAAUCUCACACAGCAUUGCUGGAUACAAGCCUACAAAAACUGAUCUGGGACUGGACUACUGACACGGAGUGCUGGAAUCCCAGUUUGAUCUGAUGCUGGAAAGGAAUUACGCCGUGAUGCCAAAGAGGGCCAUGCUGGGUUGAUUGAUGUGCAGCUAUGGUACCAGAACCAAUGAACUGGAUCAGCUGGACUUAAAAAUGAGAUCAGCAAGACAGACUGUGACAGGCCCAAGGAUCACGGGGAACAUAAAGCACAGUGGAUGCUGGAACAGUAGAAGGAAACUGACAAAGGAAGACUUAUUGACUGCUUUCCAUGCCAGCUGUGUAUGUGUGUGUGUGUGUGUGUGUGUGUGUUUGUGUGUGUUUGUGUGUGUGUGCGCAGACGCUCAGCUGUGUAAUGUGUGCAUGUGACCCAAACUCCAGACUAACGUGAUGCUGAUGCUGUGGUGACAUGUUACGGAACAGGAUGUUCCAUCCCAUAUAAUCUCAAAACCAUACUAAAGAUACUGGACUGCACAAGGUCCAUUAUACCAAAAGGAUAAGUCACCAAAGACUGUACUUUACCUUUAAGACUCCCUCCCCCCUUCCCCAACCCCCCUGACCCCUGGUACCUGUGCUUAAAGAUGACGACAGAUGGAGUUUAUCUCCUGCUCACCGGCCGUAUGAAUGCUGCUACCAGGACAUUUGGUGGAGAAAAAAAAGCCUCAUAUCUAUGUACUUAAAGGGAACAAAUAGGAACAAAACUAUUAAAACAAAAUAAGCAUUUAUAUUAUUGUUAUUGAAAAAAACUAUUUAUUUUAGUUGUGUA